AAAUAUUACCACUCCCUACAGAAAUUUGAAGUAAACCUAUACAAUUGAAUCAAUAUUUCUGUAAACAUGCACAAAUUGAGUAAAAAUCACAGAUGGAUGUUGUUGCGUGCUUUCAUGAAGACCAUGCAGGGGUAUUUUUUCAAUGACUGCGACUGAGGAUCAUAUUUCAAAUAAAAGAUGUACAGGUACACAGCAAUGUGAAAUUGCUGUGAGAAAUCCAGUUUUCACUGACGACCCAGAAGGAAUUUCUAGAUACCUGGAUGUGUCUUAUUCCUGUGGACCAGAUCCAACCCAGAAGCCGUUUGACUGUGGAAAACAUGGCUGUAAUAUGUUUUCAAUCUGUCAGUUUGAAAAGCAAGAGUUCGGCUGUUCAUCUGAUGAAAAAAUGACAGUUAAAUAUGCUUCCUACGGAAGGAGAAGUUCGCAGAUUUGCCCUCAUUCUAAUUCAAGUCUCACAUCUUCUCUGUGCUUCUCAGACCAGACCAGCAUCGUGAAACUUUUGUGUGAUGACAAAUCUACAUGCAAACUAUAUGUUUCAAGUUUAGUUUACGUGGAUCUGUGCCCUCACCUCUACAAAUAUUUGACUGUGAUGUACACAUGCACGGACAGAUGAAGAUGAGCAUGUCUUCAUCUGACACAUGUGAUGGAGACCUAAGUUAACUGAUUCACCGGGCAAUGAAAACAUCCAAAACAUCUCUAUUUCUGUAAUCUUCAUGAUCUUCAUUUAUUCAUCUGUUUUCUUCAUGGUAUUUAUAUACUCUUAAGUGAUUUUAUUAACACAUUUAUUUUGCUAAUUGAGCAAUAAAUCAUUAGAUUAAUAAAUGCUAGUAAAACAAUAUGAAACCCUAUAGGCUAUUUGAUCUGCUGGAGCUGGUAAUAUAAUAUCAUGUUAAUUGAAAUAAAAGUCAUUAUUUUUGGUUCAAAUUUUUGGUAUUUCUAUCCUUUCUUUUGGUAUUUCUAAAGAUUUGUAUUUUUUGGUCUAAACAUGUUCCGUCUGGGAUGAACCACUUUUUGUUGAAUAAACUACUUUC